GAAGUUGUUGGUCCGCGGCUUCCAAAAUGCAGCAGCAGCCCCGCCGAGAGGAACAGCAGCCUUGGGCGGAGUUGUUGACAACACUGGACUCUACUCCUGCCCCACCCCCCAGUUCACAGGAGAGUGGGGCCAGUAGGGACUUCUCUGAUCUAAGAAAACAGCAGCAGCAGGGUGUGUCUAUCAUCUACAGUCAUAUCGCUUCAAGGAGAGACAAGGAGAAAGCUGAAGGAGGAAGCGGGGGACCAGCCAGUGCAGAGGAGGGCCAGUUUCCACCCAGGGCAGUGUACCCUGUGGAACCCAUGCAUAGGUCUCCUGCUGCCUCUGUACAGAUGAAUGCUGAGCCUAGACAACAAGGACAAAAUCUGCAGGGUGCUAACAUGCAGUAUCCUGUGCAGAAUUAUCCUGUCAACCAGCAGGGUGGCCAGACCAGCAGUAUCCAACCCCCUACCCAUCCCGGGGGCCAGGCCCAGGCACACCACCAGCAGCAGGUCCAUCAGGCACAGGCACAUGCCCAGGUACAGAAAGCUGCCGAGUCCAACAUACUGGCCCAUGUUGCCCAAGUCCAGGGUCAGCAGCAACAGCAGCAGUUCCAGCGACUGAAGGUGGAGGAUGCCCUCUCCUACCUGGACCAAGUGAAGCUGCAGUUUGGGAACCAGCCACAGGUUUACAAUGACUUCCUGGAUAUCAUGAAAGAGUUCAAGUCUCAGACCAUUGACACCCCAGGUGUUAUCAACAGGGUGUCCAACCUGUUUAGGGGUCACCCUGACCUGAUUGUUGGCUUUAACACUUUCCUUCCCCCGGGGUACAAGAUUGAGGUACAAGCUAAUGAGACCAUCAGCGUACAACAACCUGGGCAGAUAACGACCACACUAUGUACAUCACUUACACAAAGAGUUCAGUCAGAAGCGCCGGUCAAUGUUCCUAGCAGCCAGAGCCUGACUAGUAGUGCCUCUCACCACUCCUACCACCAGGCAUCGCGCCCCAGUCAGGAAGUGAACCCCUCUCCUCAGCAUAUUGCGCCAUCUACACCCCAGGCCACACAACCAGUAGAGUUCAAUCACGCUAUCAACUAUGUGAAUAAGAUCAAAAAUCGCUUCCAGAACCAGCCUGAAAUUUACAAAGCUUUCUUGGAGAUACUUCAUACUUACCAGAAAGAGCAAAGGAAUCUCAAGGAGGGUCUGUGCCCCCCGGGUUAUAAGCCUCUAACAGAAGGAGAGGUGUAUGCGCAGGUGGCAAAACUGUUCCAGAAUCAGGAAGACCUGCUGUCCGAGUUUGGACAGUUUCUUCCUGAUGCCAACAGCUCAGCAGCCUCCAACUUCAGUUGGUUCCUGAAUACUAAAGCUGACCUUGGUGUGCGCAAUGACCAUUCAUCCACUGUGAAGAAGCCAGGAUUUGGGAAAGCUAACAACAAGAGUGGUAGUCAUAUCAGAAGACCUUCCUCUGGGCAGCAGCCACCUUCCAAGAAAGCUAAGACUGGAAUCUUCAAGGAUAUUACACUUGCAGAAGCAGGAAAAUAUGGAACACUGAACGAAUAUGCCUUUUUUGAUAAAGUGCGUAAAGCUUUGAGAAACCAGGAAGUCUAUGAGAACUUCCUUCGUUGCCUAGUGCUUUUCAACCAAGAAGUGAUCUCACGCACAGAGCUGGUCCAGUUAGUUCAGCCUUUUUUGGGAAAAUUUCCAGAGCUGUUCAAGUGGUUUAAAGAUUUCCUGGGUUACAAGGAGGGAGGAAUGAUAGAGCCUGUCCCCAGCUCGGCCUCUCACAAGGAAAGAAUUACUGGGGAUUUGGCCAUGGAAAUAGACUAUGCAUCAUGUAAACGGUAUGGUGCCAGCUACAGAGCUCUUCCUAAGACUUACCAGCAACCAAAGUGUUCAGGAAGAACAGCACUGUGCAAAGAGGUGCUCAAUGAUACCUGGGUGUCAUUUCCCUCCUGGUCCGAGGACUCCACUUUUGUCACAUCGCGAAAGACCCAGUACGAAGAGCACAUCUACAGAUGUGAAGAUGAAAGAUUUGAGCUUGAUGUGGUGAUAGAGUCCAACCUUUCCUCCAUCAAAGUACUGGAAGCUGUACAGAAGAAAAUGUCCCGUAUGUCCUCUGAGGAGGCAGCCAAGUUCCGCUUAGAUAAUUGUCUUGGAGGCAAUUCUGAGACCAUCCACAGGAAAGCUAUACAGAGAAUAUAUGGUGACAAAUCUGCUGAUAUCAUUGAUGGAUUGAAGAAAAAUCCUGUGGUAGCUGUCCCCCUGGUUCUUAGAAGAUUAAAAGCAAAAGAUGAAGAGUGGCGAGAAGCACAGAAAUCAUUCAAUAAGAUCUGGCGAGAACAGAAUGAAAAGUAUUACCUGAAAUCUCUGGAUCACCAGGGCAUCAACUUUAAGCAAAAUGAUGUCAAAGCUAUCAGGUCCAAAGCCCUUCUGAACGAGGUGGAAGCCAUCUUUGAUGAGCGCCAAGAUUCAGAUAUCACCAAACCCAUGCUUUCCUUCAUAUACAAGGAGAAAGCAGUAUUAGACGAUGCUACUUCACUAAUAAUACACCACAUGAAAAGGCAGACAAGUAAGUUUAGUAUUUUUUGCAAUAAAAUGAAUAAGAAAAAAUAUUUAAGUCUUAGGCCAGUUCUGACACUAAUCAUUUUUAUUUUCAGGAAUAUCCGACAAUGGCGGCAACAGAGCAAAAGCCAGCAGAACCGAGAGUCUGGGGGAGAGCCUGGGUCUGACCUCACAGCCUUGGCUGUCAAAAAGAGCAUGGAGGAAGACGUGGAUAUAAGAGACAACACUGAGUGCAAGUUUAAUGUUAAUUCCUUCAAGAUGGUGUAUGUGGUGAACAGCGAGAGCUACCUCUACAGGCGGAACGCCUUGAAGAAAGCCAAAGAGACACAUAGUAAAGUAUCUUUGAGGCUACACUCCAAAUUCUCCAAGUUUACUGGUAGGUGGCAAGAAGUCAAUGUAACCCCAGAGGCGGCAGCGUCAUCCAAUGACUGGCUGAUGGGAGAGGUGCCAGACAUGAAGCCCUGUAAAACAGUGAGACUGGACAAUAACAGUCUAGACAAAGCUCCUUAUUACCCCUAUAACAGAUACAGGGUAGAGUACAAGGAAGUGCCUAAAGCACCAGCUACAGAGUAGCACAAAGAUAGCCAUUGUUUUGAUGUGCCAGUGAUAGGAAAGACAGAGCUUGACAUGGUAUUGAGAGAUAAAGCACGCUCAACAGACUGGUUGGUUUAGAAAUGUUUUCAUUCAUUAACAUAAACCUUGGAACAAACUACCUGAUAAAGAUUCAUUCAGAAUGAAGGAUUAGGUAAUUGUUAAUUCCAAUAGAUAAUUUGCUGAUUCAGGUAUCAAUAAGAUGAUAGUGAAUUUCUACCUACUUUUGGAGAUGAGAAU